AUGUCCCCAACUCGUGUAGCAAUCGUCACCGGUGCAGCACAAGGCAUUGGUCGUUCCAUCGCUCUUCGUCUAGCCGCCGACGGCCUCAAUGUAGCGGUGAAUGACGUGGAGAGCCAAAGGCAGGCUCUAGACGCUGUUGUAUCUGAGAUACAGGCGAAAGGCAGGAAAGCUGUCGCGUUAACUGCUGAUGUGUCAUCUGAGGAGGACGUCAAAAAUAUGGUCGAGAAGACGGUAGAGCACUUGGGGAGGCUUGACGUGAUGGUUGCGAACGCGGGAAUCGGCGGAGCAGGCAAAGGGAGUUCUAUCCUCACUGUUGACAUGGAACAAUGGCAUAAACUCAUGGGCGUGAACGUUGACGGUGUAGUCCUGUGCUACAAAUACGCAGCAAUACAAAUGGUCAAACAGGGAGAAGGCGGCAGGAUUAUUGGGGUCAAGGGAAUCGCACCGUACUGUGCGUCGAAAUUUGCCGUCCGCGGGAUAACCCAAAGUGUUGCCUGUGAGUUGGUCGAGCACAAUAUUACCGUCAAUGCCUACGCACCUGGUGUAGUUGACACGGCAAUCGUUAAGAUGGGCGUGCAAACUCUGAAAAAUGCUUUGAACAUAUCGAACUCACGUACGGUCGACAAGGAGGCCAUCGCGAGCUGGGUGUCCUAUAUCUCCUCUCCCGAGGCGAGUUUCAUCAGCGGUCAAACCGUCAUCAUCGAUGGAGGGGUACAGUUUGAUUGA